AUGUGCGCAACUAGCGUAAGCGCGCCAGGCGCAUGUGUGGUGGCGGCAAGUGUGAGCACGGGAGCAGUGGGGCGCGACAGCGUGCAGGGCUCGCAAGGCAGCGUGCGGGGCUCGCACGGCAGCGAGCUUGUCGUGCGCAUGGGAGAAGAGGAGGAGGAGGAGGAGGAGGAGGAGGAGGAGGAGGAGGAGGAGGAGGAGGAGGAGGAGGAGGAGGAGGAGGAGGAGGAGGAGGAGGAGGAGGAGGAGGGGGGGGGGGGGGGGGGAGGAGGAGGAGGGGGGGGGGAGGGGGGUGGAGGAGGAGGAGGAGGAGGAGGAGGAGGAGGAGGAGGAGGAGGAGGAGGAGGAGGAGGAGGAGGAGGAGGAGGAGGGGGGGGGAGGAGGAGGAGGAGGGGGAGAAGUUGA